AGGGAUGAUGACACACUACUGAUCCAGCAGUAUGACGAAGCAAUGGCUCAGGUGCAGCGGCAGUUGCACAAACGUAUGUCACAGAACAACACCACAGAGAGUGAACAGUCAGAGGCCCCACAGUCAGAGAGGAUCAUCAGAACCGUUCCUCAGCAGUAUCCAAAGAAGAAGAAGAAGAAGAAGAAUAAAAAGAGAACUGAGUGGCACACAGGUGAUCCCUGCCGUGCACGAUAUUCAGAGGAUAAUUUCAUCUAUGAAGCAACAAUUAUAGGGAUGAACACAAAACAAGGAACCUGUGUUGUGCGAUAUGUUGGCUACAACAAUGAAGAGGAGGUUCCGUUAAACAAACUACAGAAGUCUAGAGGAGUGUCAGUCCGCAAACAACAGGAAGAAGAUGCUGACGUUGAUAACUCGGAGGCAAGCAGUUCUGUGGCUGAGAGUGAUAUUCAAACUGAUACCGAUUGUGAACGGUCCAGUAAGAGGCAAAAACCCCGUCAUAGACAGUAUUCUCAUUCAGAUAUGAUGCCUCCCCCAAAGCUCCCAACAAGCGGACCAAGUUUUGUACCUCCGCCACAUCUGCCGCACCUGCCACCGCCUCCUGCCCUAGCCAUGGACCUUCACAGCAACCCCAGCACCUCGGAAGCCCUCCACACAAUGCUCAUGAGUUGGUACAUGGCUGGGUAUCACACCGGCUACUACCAGGGGCUGAAGCAGUCCAACUCUCACAGAGAACACAUGUGCUGAAACCUUGUUACAUGUACAAGUGAUUCGUGCUUUCUUUUUUAAUUUUUUUAUGAGGUAUAUUUUAUUUUAAAUUGUUCUUAAUUUGUUUAUAUUAUUGGAAAACGUUCUUAGUUGUUUAUUUCAUUGGAAAAUGUUAUUAUUUGUUUCUUUUUUUCAUUAUAAAUUCAAAUAAAAUUGCAACUAUUGCUAAUAUUUUUCAGAAGGUCCGUGAUACCACUGUGAUUCAUUUCAUGUACUAUCUCUAUUUUACAGAAGGUUGAAGAUUAAUUUGAGUAGUGAGUAUUCAUUAUUUGCAACAAAUGAAAUAUGCAGCAUGUUGAUGUUUGAAUAACUGCAUUGAUGCACAAUAUUUUCUAUACAUAAAAAACCUAGCAGUGAAA